AUGAGUUCAACUUAUGGUAAAGUAUCUGUUAAGCAAAACAGUAAAUUAAGAAAUUUAAUCAAUUACAGAAUCAGAGUCGUCACAAAGGAUGGUAAAUUAUAUUUAGGUGAACUGAUGGCAUUUGAUAAGCAUAUGAACGUUGUGUUAGGCGAUUGUGUGGAGGAAAGAAUAUCAAAACAGCAACUUCAAAAGAUAAUUCAAAACCGUGGCAAACAAGAUACAUCAAAAGAGAACAACGUAAUAAAAACUGAGAAGAGAGUACUGGGUUUAGUGAUACUAAGAGGGGAGCAAAUAUUAUCUACAGUUGUUGAAGAUAAACCUGUAUUAACUAAAAAAGAUAGAAUUGAAGAAACUAAGAAGCAGAAAAAACAAUUAAAUAAUCAAAAGCGAGCUAGAAAGGGUAAAACCGACGAUAGUAAGGGCAAAAUAGUAAAACCAACAAGUAGUAACGGUGAAAAGAGUACAUAUAACGCAAACAAUACGGUAAUACCAGGCAACUUAAGAAAGUUCCAACCACCCCCAGGCUUCAAAAGAAAAUAA